CAUUGCGUCAUCGCCGCCUGCUGAGCUCCGGAACGUCAUCGUCGAUCCGAUCCGGCCCGACAGAAACAAAUAUCAUCGCCGGACCGCUGCCACCAGCCGCCGCCCCUCGGCUGUGUCCGUUUAAUUUUUCCUGCGGUUUCGGCGAGCCCCCCCUCCCCCCGCCCAUUUCCCGUGGUGCCGCGGUGCAAUGAGGAAGCUGGCCGGUUGUUGACAGGCGGCUCCGGGAUGGCGGAGAGGGCUGCGGGCAGCGGGCCGGGCCCGGCGGCCGCGACCAUCAGGGUCACCGUCAAGACUCCAAAGGACAAGGAGGAGUUUGAGCUGGCGCCGGACUGCACCGUGAAAGAGUUCAAGGAAGAUAUAGCCAAACGGUUCAAGACACAGCCAGAGCAGCUUGUACUAAUAUUUGCUGGAAAAAUCCUUAAAGACCCAGAUACACUUGCCCAGCAUGGAAUACAGGAUGGACUCACAGUUCACCUGGUAAUCAAAACUCAAAGCAGACCCCCUGAGCAGCAGAGCCAAUCUGAUAGCCAAAGGAACACUGCUGCCACUUCAGCACCUUCGAGCAGCACAGGCUCAACUACCAGUACCCUUGGUGGAUUAGGAGGACUCGCAGGUUUGAGCAGUUUGGGAUUAAAUUCAUCCAGUUUCAUGGAGUUACAAAAUCAGAUGCAACGUCAGUUAAUGUCAAAUCCAGAGAUGAUGUCUCAGAUCAUGGAAAAUCCAUUUGUGCAAAACAUGCUGUCAAACCCAGAGAUGAUGAGACAGUUAAUUGUGACAAAUCCACAGAUGCAGCAGUUGAUUCAGCGAAACCCAGAGAUCAGUCACAUGCUCAAUAACCCAGACAUUAUGAGACAGACUCUGGAGCUUGCUCGAAACCCAGCUAUGAUGCAGGAAAUGAUGCGGAAUCAAGACCGGGCACUAAGCAACCUAGAAAGUAUACCAGGUGGUUAUAAUGCCUUGAGGCGCAUGUACACUGACAUCCAGGAGCCAAUGUUGAAUGCUGCCCAAGAACAGUUUGGAGGCAACCCCUUUGCAUCUUUGGUGAAUAAUCCUGAUGCAGGCAAUCAGCCAUCACGGAUGGAGAAUAGAGACCCCCUGCCCAAUCCAUGGGCUCCGCCAUCAAGUACACAGGUGCCUACAAGUACAACCACAAGUGGAAGUACCAAUCAGUUCACAACGCCAGGUCUGGGAGCUGGUUUGGGAGCAGGAUCUGGUAUGUUCAACACACCGGGUAUGCAAAGCUUAUUGCAGCAGAUCACAGAGAACCCACAGCUAAUGCAGAAUAUGCUCUCAGCACCUUAUAUGAGGAGUAUAAUGCAAUCUCUAAGUCAGAACCCUGACCUUGCAGCACAGAUCAUGCUGAACAAUCCUUUGUUUGCGGGAAACCCUCAGUUGCAAGAUCAAAUGAGGCAGCAGAUUCCAAACUUUCUGCAGCAGAUGCAGAACCCUGAAACAUUGUCUGCCAUGUCAAACCCAAGAGCUAUGCAGGCUUUGUUACAGAUUCAACAGGGUCUGCAAACCUUGUCUACUGAGGCUCCAGGUCUUCUACCAGGAUAUGGCAGUGGUAUUGGAGGAAUUGGCAGUGCUCCCCCCAGUACCAAUGAAAAUACAGGUGGCACAGGGGGAACUGAUGCUGGACAACAGUAUUUUGUGCAGCAGAUGUUGCAGGCGUUGGCUGGAUCAAACACGCAGACUUUGACUCCAAAUCCUGAAGUUCAGUUUCAGCAACAACUUGAUCAGCUCAAUGCAAUGGGAUUUCUGAACCGUGAAGCCAAUCUUCAAGCCCUAAUAGCAACUGGUGGAGAUGUCAACGCUGCCAUUGAGAGGCUACUGGGUUCUCAACCAUCUUAGCAACCUUUUUGCAGCUUGCAAAGAAAUUGUAAUUUAUUUUUGAUAUAACAGCAGUUAAAUCUUAAAAGCUCUUUCCAGCUUGACUUUUGAGAUUGGGUUGUAGUUGGAGAUGAGAUAAUUGAUGCAUUAUUAUAUGUGAAUUCAGAGGCAUUUGUACAGCACAUGAGCCUUAGGAUUUGAUGGAAGAUAUUGCAUGCAUAACAAUUUUCUUUGAGUUUGUAAUUCUUAAGCAACCUAGUUCAGCAUUUGAGUUCAUGUGAAUAUUUUUUCUUUGGUCUGCCCUGAAAAUCUGUUUAACCAGUAACUCUUGAUAGCAAUUUGUAUAGAAAAAAAGACUUGCAAAAGAUGCAUCAGAAAGUGAUCACAAGCUGCAAUGUCUGACAACGAGUUGUGUAUUGUGAACAAAGCAUGCAUUAUGGCAAAUAACAUCCAAAAGACUAAAUACAGAUUACCACUGAAUCUAAUAUUUAUUAUUUUGCUUUACAUGCAAAUAAUGCCUAGAAAUGUAGUGCAUUACAUAUUAUUUCACCAGAAAAUAUUCAAGUAACCUUUCUAGUCUUGUUGAAUGCAAUUGCAGUGGUUUUGAGCUUCCUAAUUCUGGAUGACUUCAAAUCUUUGUGCAGCUUUAAUGAGCACCUUAUUCUAAACAGUGUACUUUGACUACAGCAGAUCGGCUUUGGCCAGUAAAAUUCUUGCAUACUGUAUGUGCGUUAUAAUUUGGGAUGUCAUUUCUUUUUACAGUGUCAUGUGAUAUUAAUCUAAUUUCUCUGAACUGCCUUGUACAAAAUAUUUAACCUGUCAGUUUUUAUCAGUAGUAAUUAGUUAUGCACAUAGAUCAUUAAACCAAUUAAAAAUAAA